AUUUAUUCUACUCCACAAGUCCACAAUCUUAAAUUCAAAUCCAACGCUAGACUGAUCGCGACUGUAAAGAUACUCGCGUGUUUCAAUUGUCGAUAAUUUAUUUUUUGGAAAAAAAUGUGCGUCGGAAAAAUUGUUAGUGACAUCGAAAGGACUAAUCCUGUGAUUGGGAAGUUAGAGUUUAAAAAUGUAGAACAGGUUCGACCUCAGACUGAAGAUCCUCAAUCCUGUAACCCCGAUAGAGGAGAGUACGAACAAGACAUUCUGGGGGUUUCUACCAAAUAUGUAUAUUAUUUGUUCCAAGUUAUUAAGAAAUUACAACAACAAUUUUUUAAAUCAAAUUCUUACAAGAUUCUGAGGCACACCACACAACCAGCCCAUUUCAUCACUGCAGUUUCUGUGAUCUUCGUAGCAUACCUAAUGAUGCCAGGAAAAACUCACCCUAAAAUGUCUCUUCUGUGGAACUUGCUCUAUUUGGGUUCCUUCAGCGCUCAUUUCGGCGCCCAGAUCUGGAUGACCUUCGUUUCCGGCUUGGCUCUUUUCUUCUCCCUAUCCAGACAUACUUUUGGCAGUGUUCAGCAAGUAUUGUUUCCUAAAUACUUUCUUUUGAACACUGUGCUUAGCUUCAUUACUCUGUUUGUGUUCAUGAAGACCAACAACAGCGUCCUCUUGGAAUCCUGGGAGAAUUUGAUACAGGCUUUAUCAAUCUCCUUGUGUUUCCUCGUAGAACUAGUGGUUCGCCUGUACUUCACUCCUCCUCUUUUACGCCUCAUUGGAAUCAAACAUAAGAUCGAAAAAGAGGCCGGAGUGGGUCUCGAAGUGGGAAAGUACGACCUGGGAAAGUUGAAAGAUUGUCCUUACUACCUGAAGAUUCACAAAUCGUUUAGAUCCAUUCACAUGACUAUCGCCAUCUUAAAUUUGGUUGCGAUGGCAUGCACUACUCUGCAUCUUUAUUAUUUAUCCCAAAAAUUAUGUUCAAUUUGAAAGGUUAUCCAAAAUGGUUAACAGACUGACUGACUACUGAGGAUAUGAACACCAAAGAUUGAUUGGUGCUUUAGUCUGUGGUUCAAGAUGCUUCUUGGCUACUUGGAAUGUAUGUAGAGAUUGUGUUUAUCGUGUGUGUGCCUAUAUUGUAGUAUUUGUAAUACUCCUACUAUAAAUUAGAAAUUAUUUAUUUGUUUAUUAUCAGUAUUAUUAUAUUUUGUACUUGAUUAAUAAUAUUUAUUAAUAAAUUUUGUAACAAAUUA